AUGGCGGAUUCAAAGCAGAAACUCCGAGUGGUCAUUGUGGGUGGAUCAAUUGCUGGUCUCACAUUGGCACACUGCCUAAUUAAACACGGAAUUGAUUUCGUCGUGCUAGAGGCGCGCGAUGAGAUUGCGCCUUAUGAGGGUGCUUCGAUUAGUGUCAUGGCACUUGCUGGGUUGGCACUUGAUCAACUAGGUAUCAUGGAUGAUAUUCUUGAGGAAAGUGAUCCAGUGCAGGAUUUAUACAAUUAUGAUGCAGAUGGAAAACUGAUCUGUUAUUUGGAUAUCCCAAAGCGGUUCACGGAAUGGUUUGCGUACGGUUCAGUUUUCUUACCGCGUCAAACACUACUUCGGAUCUUAUACAAACACCUACGAGAACAACAGAGCUCUGUCUUUACAGGCAAAAAGGCCACCGACGUCGAUCAUCAUGAUGGCGGUGUCAUGGUCCGCUGCGCCGAUGGGUCGUCGUUUCAGGGUGAUAUCGUUGUCGGCGCUGACGGAGUGAGGAGUCAAGUCAGACAGCAAAUGUGGUCGCAUAUGGAUACAAUUGGAAUGGGAAAGGAAGCCCAGGCAGAUCGUGAUCUAAUGACGUGUCAAUGGAGCUGUGUAUUCGGAAUCGCUUCACCUGUGCCCGGAACGAAAUCACCCGGGUAUUACCGCACAUACGGUGAAGGUUGGCAUAUUCUCGUGGUUGUUGGAAAGUAUGAUAAGGUUUACUGGUUCUUUUUCAGAAACCUGGAUCGCCUAUACGAAGCCCAUGAGAUUCCACGAUUCAAGAACGAGGACAUUGAGGCACAUAUCACACCUUAUCUUGGUGCGACGGUUCACGGAUCUGUUAAAUUGGGGGACAUAUGGAAGCGAGUAGAAGCUACAGCUUGGGUUCCAAUAGAGGAGGCUCUCCACGAGCAUUGGUCUGUAGACCGAUUUGCAUGCAUCGGAGAUGCAGCACACAAGAUGACACCGAAUGGGGGGCUCGGUGGUAACACAGCCAUUGAAAGCGCAGUCUCCAUCUCCAACUCCAUUGCUGCUAUUCAAAGAUCCGGAAAGAAACAAACCAAGGAGAUCGGUCAAGCUUUAAAGGAGUGGGAAAAGCAUCGCAAGGACCGGCUUGUAGCUCACUACAAAGCUGCAGCUGACAAUGUCCGAUUGGACACGUUAGCAGAGCCCAAACACAAGGUCCUCUUGAAGUAUAUGGGAAUCUUUGGGCCAAUAGCCGCAAUUAGUCGAUCGGUUCUUACAGCUGGUGCAGAGAGAGUUGACUGUCUACCUCCACCAGCAAAAUCCUACCAAGGAACCAUGCCCUACAAGUGUCACGAUGAUUUGACACGAGUCGUCAAAGAGAAAAAAUCCAAGAGAGCACUCUGGAGUCUCCCACUUCUAGGCUUUACAGCAGUCGGUGUCUCAACAAUGGGCGUAAUCAUGCCUAAAGUACUUCCAGAUUUAAUUAGCUUGAUGAAGCAAGGAAUCUGGGUUCUGAACACAGACAGCAUAGUCAGCCUGAGUGCCCCCAUACUCGGCUACAAAUCGUUAGACGACUUCCUGAGAAUCUUCACGACAUUCUUCCUACCGAGCCUCACAGGCGCAGACCCCGUAUCGCAAUCGCAAGCAUUUACCUUCCUUAUGGAUGCCACUGGUAUCUUCGGUAUCUGGCUCUUAGAAAGCUACCGAAAAGCACACACCAAAACAGCACCACUACUUCCAAUUUUAAUGGCUAGUCUAGCCCAAUUGAGAGGAAUGGGAAUAAUCGGUCCAAUAUACUCCGCUCUCCAAUAUCUAUCCAUCUCCAUCGAAGACAUGGCCGGAAAUCACAAGCGUGAAAUAGAGCCAACAACAACAUACACUCUUCUCGCCUCUUCGCUAAUCGCUCAAGGUGUACCAUGUCAAGCAUCUUUCCUGGCGCCCUCUCUCAGCGAUAGAAGAUGGUGGAACGCCAUCUGGCAACUCUUCCCAGUACUAGUCCCGCUCGUUCAAAUCCCCCUAAAGAUGGUCUUAAGCAACCAGAACACCGAGUCCGCAUCGCUGGAGAUCCGGAAAGAAAACCGCCAAAGAAGUAUCAAAACGAUCAGGGUAGCGUACCGUUCUUUCGCUGCGGUUUCCGCGUUAGGGUUCUUGUAUGCCCGUAAUAUCGCGCCGGGUGGAUCUUCGGCCAUGAGCCUUUUCUGGCCUGGUUGGAUCAAACCUGAAGGUCUUUCGCUAAUGGAUGGACUUCGGAAGUUCCUGCAAUGGGAUCAGAUAUUGACUAUGGGAUCUGGAUUCGUGUGGUUGGCAUUACGCUUUAGGGAGUUGAAGAAAUCAGGCGUACAGUUUUCUGCUUGGAAGGGUGCUUUGGGGUUGAUUGGAACUACAUGUGCCUUUGGACCGGGGACUGCAUUUGCGCUUGGAUGGGGAUGGAAGGAGGAAUUACUUCACAAGUUAGAUGUCAGUCUGAGGCUGUGA